AGCUCGCUCGCUCGCUCUCCUGCCCGUUCACCGCCGCCUCCACCGACCUGUUCGCCGCCCGCCGUCCCCUCCCUUGCCGGCUGCCGCCGUCUGCUCCCAACUGAGCGGUCAGGAUGCGGGUGAAGAAGCGGUCGAAGAACCGCAAAGCGGUCAAGUUCUAUUCCACCUGCUUCGGCUUCCGCGAGCCCUACAAGGUCCUCAUCGACGGCACCUUCGUCCACCACCUCCUCACCCAGCGCCUCCUCCCGGCCGACGAUGCUCUCCGCGACCUCCUCUCGGCUUCCAGGACGCCAGCCCUCUUCACCUCCAAGUGCAUCGUCGCAGAGCUCAGGCGACUUGGCAAGUCACAUGCCGAAUCCUUCGACUCCGCGCAGCUUCUCGCCACAACCAAGUGUGAGCAUGACAAGGUUGUCAGUGCAGUGAAUUGUGUCCUAUCACUGAUAGGUGAUAAAAAUCCUGAGCAUUUCUUUGUUGCCACCCAGGAUGCUGAUCUCCGGGAAAAGCUAAGAGAGAUUCCUGGGGUUCCUGUAAUAUACGGACUGAAGAACUCCUUGUUUAUAGAGCAACCCUCUGUUCAGCAACGCAAAUUUGCUCAAUUGGACGAGGAGAAGCGUCUCAAUAUGGACAUAUCUGAGUAUAAGAAGUUAAUGAAGGCUGCAUCAGAAGGAAAGACAACAGCCAGUGAAAAUGGAAGUGACGGAGAACAACAUGAGAGGCCUAUCAGUUCUCUUGUAAAAAAUGCACUUGGUGUUGCAGAUAAAAGCAAGUUUAAAAGGAACAGAGCAAAGGGUCCUAACCCACUCUCCUGCAAGAAAAAGAAACCAAAGCCCCAGCCCUCAGCUAUUCAAAAUCAGAGACAGAACAGAAUGGAAGACAACUUAACACAUGGGGCUACGGCUGAUGGCGAGGCAAAGAGAAAGAGGGUUCGGAAGCGGAAGAGAAGCCAGAAAGAUAACAAGCAAGCAGAGAUGGCGAGCUAGAAGGAUGGGCUUGCUUAUGAAGUUGCAGUGCUCUUGCCGUGCAUCCAUCCUGACCCCAGAGCCAGAACUCCAUAGCUAGUCAACUAGGGAAGAUUUCCUUUGAAAAAAGAAAAACUAUGAAGAUGUUUGUCUCACAAGAUGCUGAUGGUGUUCCUUGCAAUGUAGUAAUACUUGAUUGUCUGCAGUAAUCAUGAUAUCCAGAGCCUGUAGGUGGAAUUUUUCGCAGCAAGAUGCAACAUGAAGUGCUUUUUCGAAUCAAA